AUGGCGACGAGUAACGACGGCUCUUCCUCUGGAGAAGAUCGUGAAGCCGCUGAAGUAACGCCGGCGUCUUUACCUGUGACUCCGACACCACUCCAACCCGCUUCAAUUGAAACUAUCAUGACUGCCAACCAAGAUGUCGCCGAUGAUGACGCGGCCCAAACCCCGGUCAGCCUUGAUGCGCAGACGAUAAACGAGCUCACCGCGCUGAAACAGUCGGUGCUGGAUAUAAACUCCAAGAUCCAUCAUGUCACCACGUCCGCCCCUCAGAUCGAGCGAGUCCUAGCAGAAUCUCUCCGGACACCGUUCACCGAAAAUAUAACGAAGGUCCACCUCCGAAAGAUGGAAAAGCUCCAUCUUCCAACCUUCGACGGUGUAUCCGACCCUUCUGCUCACGUCACAUCCUUCAACAUCGCGAUGCGACGCGCGAACCUCUCUGAUGAGGAAAAAGACACCGGCUUUUGUCAACUUUUCAUCGAAACCCUAGAAGGUAUCGCUCUUAACUGGUUCACCAGUCUUCAGGAGAACUCCGUUGAUAGUUUUUAUGACCUCUCGACGGCUUUCCUCAAAAACUACAUCAUGUUCACUCGACAAGAAGCCACCGCCACAGAUCUUUGGAAUCUCAACCACGCGAACGGACAGACCUUGAGAGAUUUUAUGGAGAAGUUCAAAUCCAUUGUCUCGAAAGUCGACGUACCAGAUCAUAUAGCUGUGGAGUCGUUGAUGAACACCCUCCACAUUAAGUCACCAUUUCGGGCCGAUCUUUACCGACACCCGACGAGAUCAGUACCAGAUGCCAUCGCUCGAUCCAAUAACUUCAUUCGAAUGGAGGAGGAUACUAGGGACAAGGCGGCCAAAGAAGCUGCAGGGAAACAGACCCCCGCUCAGACGAACGACGCUCGUCAAGAACCGUGCCAACAUUCCACGAGUGGCAAGCCUAACCAUAGGAAGGGCUACAUGAAUGCUAUAGACGACGGCGAACCAUUGGGUUCCGCCGCAAUGGCGCGAGAGAAGGGGUGGAAUCAUUGGGAUCGAGAUACCAGCCAGCCAAAGUCUAGCUCCCCUGAACCAGCAAACUCGAACGCCGUCGAGCCGAGUAAGUGGUGUUCCUAUCAUGAGGUCAAGUCACAUGAUACGAAGGAUUGCAAAGUCUUAUACGGACACUUCCUCAAAUCCAUCAAAAGCGGGAAAAUCGAGAUUGAAUCUCCGCAGAAGCCGAAAAACAAUAAGAGUUGGAGCAAAAACAAAGAGAAGAAGAUUCAGAAGUCUCAAGCAAAAGCCCCUCAGUGA